UUUUGAGACCUAAAAAGGUUUAUAUUUUUAUUUUAUGUUGGCCAAAACUAAAGUCUGGUGUCCCAAUUCUUCCAAUUGUGCUUUUUUCCUUUAGGCAAUAUUGCUUUCUAGCUUAGUUAUGUUCUAAAAGACUGGUCUAAAAUAAUGAAAUAAGUUGCUUUAGGCUAAGACAAGAAUGAUGCUUUCUCCUCUAGAACAGGAACUUGUUGGUGCUUCUUACACUGUGUGCUGUCGUCAGAGGAAACCAGUGGUUCUGAGAACCACCAAGUCUGCAAUGUCAACUAAAGACUCAAAGAAAUCCUUCACCAUUUCCUAUCAUACAUCUUGAAAGGAUAGUUUUAGGGGCUUACACAAGGUCGUGGUCUCCCAGACCAGAAGGAUCAGGCUUAAAGGGUCUUCCCAGACUCAGAUCCACAAGAAGCCACCUGGACACGGGGAGUGCCACAAACUAUCCCAGUGUGGUGCACCCCGACAUGUUCCAGCCGACUAGCAAAAUCUGACAACCAGAGUAGAGACCCUGAAGGUUCAUUCACCCAGCCCUGUGGGAGGAACAGGCCUACCCACACCUUCUAGCACCUGGUUGAGAUCUUCUUGACACUCUGACAAUGAAAUCCUGAUUCCUCCUCAUGGCAUGUUUCAGAGCCAUCUGCCAAAGUACCAUGGGAAGUUUGCCCAGCAGAAGAAGAACAAGCCUACAUCUUCCUGGGCUCUCUGCCAGUGGCCAGAGAUCCGGGCUAUUACAGGAAGAACUCUUGACUGUUCCUGACCCUCCAGAUGAAUGCAAGGCUAUGGCUGUGGCUUUGGACAGUUUCCCAGCUGGGGAACAUGGGGAGCUGGUGCUGAGACUUGGGGAGCCACUGACCAUCAUCUCUGACAACGGAGAAUGGUGGAGAGUUAUGUCUGAAGCCACCAACCAGGAGUUCAGUAUUCCCAGCAGCCACGUGGCCAAAAUCUCUCAUGGCUGGCUCUACGAAGGCCUGAAUCGAGAGAAAGCAGAGGAUCUUCUGCUUCUCCCCAGCAACCACGGAGGAUCCUUCCUGAUCCGGGAUAGUCAAACCAGGAGAGGUGCUUACUCCCUUUCAGUGAGGUUGAACCGCCCUACCUCUCGGGAUGUAGUCAGACACUACAGGAUUCAUCGCUUGGAGAAUGGAUGGUUCUACAUUUCUCCCCGGUUCACCUUCCCCUCACUCCAGGCACUGGUGGACCAUUACACAGAGAUGGCAGAUGAUCUCUGCUCCUUGCUUAAGGAGCCCUGUGCCUUUUAUCGAGUGGACCCGCUUCCUUCGAAGAACAUCCCACCACCAGUGUCUGUACAGAAACCAGCUCUCAACUGGGAAGAAGUAGACAGCUCACUCUUGUUCUCUGAGGUGUCCUCCUCAGGUGACACAAGUCCCAUUAGUGUGGGGCUCCGAGAGGCAAUUGGCACCUAUAUCAGCAUGACUGAGGAUCCAUCACUGGACAUCAGUGGCCAGAGAAGACUCAAGAAGGGGAAUAAAGAUAAAGCACUUUGAAGAGA